GCGUGUUUAGUACGUCAGCCACAACAUCCUCAACGUGUGGAUGCUGAGUUUAUUUUCCCUAAAAUGUCCAAUGUUAUGGUCCACAUCAUGCAUGUGUGCAUUUCUCAAUUACUUCAUCGCUGAAUAACUUCAAGGUUAAGCGAGCAACCAUCCGCCCCCACCAUGACCCAGAUCGACAACCCUAAGAUCGCCUUCGCCUACCUGAGGCCGGCGUGCGUCCUGCUGACGCGGGAGCCCACCGUGGCCAACGUGGAGACGCUGGGGGGGCAGCUGAGGGAGCUGGACGACGCCACGCUGCAGCAGCUGCAGGAGUACGUCCUGUUCCCGCUGCGCUUCGUCCUGCGGCUGCCGGCGGCCGCGCCGCACCGCGAGCGCCUGACGCAGUCCGUGGUGGAGGCCAUGAGCCACGUCUUGGAGACCACCUGCGUGCGCAGCUGGGACACGCUGCGCGAGCUGCUGUCGGAGCUGUGCCUCUGCCUCGCCUCGCCCCGCGACCCGGGCCGGCCGGCGCCCGGCGUGUCGGAGGAGCUGAAGGGGGCGGUGCUGCGCUGCCUGAGCGCCCUGCUCCACGCCGCCUACGGGGACGUGCUGCCGCGGCUGUACGAGCCCGCCACGCUGCCCGGGCUGGGGGCCGCCGUGUCCCUGCUGCUGGCCCUCGGGGAGGGGGAGCAGAGCCGGGAGGUGCAGCUUGGGGCCCUGGGCGUGCUGCUGACCCUUGGGGGCCAGUGCGACUGCGGCCGGGGGGGGGGGGGGGAGCACCCGGCGCUGGGCGAGGAGGAGCGGCGGGCGGCGGGGAGCGCCAUGGCGUCCUUCCUGCCCGGCAUCACCGUGGCGCUGACCCGGCUGGUGGCCGGAGACCCCCGGCACGGACACGCCGUCACCGUCCGGGCCAUCAAGGUGUGGUACCGGACCGUUGCCCUGGUGAUGGGCGACGCCCAGCUCCGGGGCGCGGCCCCUGGGGGGGAGGCGGCCGACCCGGGGGGCCCAGGGGCCCCGGGCCGGGCGGGGGAGCUGGUGGUGGUGCGGUCCCCGGACUGGGUGCAGGGCGCGGCCGGGCGGCUGGCCCUGCUGCUGAAGAGGCUGAUCUCCUGCACCGCCGCCCACCGCCACUGGAGGGUGCGGCUGGAGCUGGUGGCGCUGGCCGACCACCUGCUGGAGCACUGCGGCCGCUCCCUGGGGGGCGAGUGCAUGGGGCCCCUGCUGGAGGCCCUGGUGGGGGCCGUGAACGACGAGGAGCCCCGCGUACGAGAGAGGUGUGAGGAGGCCCUGAGGGCGGCGUCGGAGCGCGGGCGCGACGGUUGCCACGGCGACGCGGCCGGCGGCCCCCCCCCCGGCCCCGGCCCCAGCCCCGGCCAGACGUUCGUGGAGGUGCUGUCGGAGAACCUCCACGGCCUCGCCACCUCUCUGCCCCGCCUCCUCAGGGCGGCCGACGACCACAGGAAGCUGCUGGCGCUCAACGUGUUCCUGGGGUACCUCAAGCUGCUGGGGCCCCUGGUCGGCCGGGCCCUCAACUCCGCCGCCCACCUCCAGCGCAUCUCCAUGGCCCUGAUGCAGGUCCUAGAGCUGGACGUAAGGGACGUUCGCAUCGUGGAGGAGAGGAGUUCCGCCGCCGUCAUGGAAACGACCUCGGGAGCAGCCUCGGAAGACCCCCUCGCGGGCCACGCCCAGAGGAAGCACUUCCUGUACUUCAGGGACGAGAAGAUCUUCUCCGUGCUCAUGGAGAUCUGUCGCACUCUAGGUUACUACGGCAACACCUACCUGCUGGUGGACCACUUCCUGGACCUGUACCGGGAGUCGUCGGCCUACCGGAAGCAGGCGGCCAUGGUGCUGAACGAGACCCUGAGGGGUGCCGCGGGCGUCGGCGUGGCGACGUGGGGUCAGGGGUCGGGCGGGGGCGGAGGAGGGUGGGGGCUCCACGCCCCGGCGGAGGGAGGAGGAGGAGGUGGGGACGGGGGGGAGGGGGAGAGCGUGAGGGCGGCGGUGGUGGCGGUCAUAGAGGAGUACACCAGCGAGAGGAACUGGAACCUGGCCACGGCCCCCCAGCACCCAGAGGCCCCCCAGGACCGGGAGCUGCUCAGUCCAUCCAGGCUCUCGAUAUCUCCCGGUGGCAUCUGCAGCUCCAGCCUCCUCCAGGUGGUCUCUUCCUCUUCCUCUUCCUCCUCCUCCUGCUCCUCCUCCUCCUCCGUCCACCAGCUCAACAGCAACAUCUGGCAGCUGUGCAUCCAGCUGGAGGGCGUGGCCUGCGGCGCCCACGCCCUGGGCCCCGCCUUCCGUCCCCUGCUGAUGACGUCGCUGUACCCCGUGCUGGAGAAGGCGGGGGACGAGGCGCUGCUGGUCAGCCGCGCCGCGCUGGCGUGCGUCCACGGCGUCGCCGGGGCCUGCGGCUACGCGUCGCCGCGGCAACUCAUCGCCGACAACUCGGACUACCUGCUCAACGACGUCUCCCUCAACCUGCGCCGGCUCCAGCACGGCCCGCAGGCCCCCCGGGUGCUGGCGGUGAUCCUGGCCCACUCGGACUCCGGCCUGCUGCCCCUGGUGGGGGACAUGGUGGGCGACGUGCUGCUGGCCCUGGACCUCUCGUACGACCACACGGCGGCGCUGUUCUGCGCCGUGCUGCACUCCCUCAUGAAGGCUCUCGUGAGGUGGUUCCCCCCCAGCAGGGACCACCUGGGCGUGCCAGCGUCCGGACGGGAGCAGGGGGGCUCGGGCCCUCGCCCGGAGGACAUGACGGCUCUGGACGUCAGGCAGUUCCUCCUGGACCACAGCCGGCAGCGGGAGCUGGCCCAGGGCAUUGGAGCAGAGGAGGAGGAGGAGGAGGAGGAAGAGGAGCAGCCAGUGGCCCAAGAAGAGGCAGAGGAAGAGGAGGGGCCGGAUGUGAAGAAGGAGCUUCCUGCCCACAUCGUCAUCACGAAGGAAGUGAUGCAACGGUGCACCCACCUGCUGUCAGACCCCAGCCUCCGCAUCAGACUCAAGGUGCUGGACAUCCUGGAGCUGUGCGUGUGCGUUCUGCGCGAGGCGGAGGACGAGCUGUUACCCAUGGUGCACCACUGCUGGCCAGCGCUCCUCCGCAGGCUGACCGACGACGACCCCCUCGCCGUCCUCCGGGGCUUCAAGGUGCUGUGCACCCUGGGCGAGGCUUGCGGCGACUUCCUCCGGGGCAGGGUGUCCAAGGAGGUGCUGCCCCGGCUGGGUGCCUCGCUGGCCCGCCAGGCCCCGGUCAGCGCGCGCGCCGGGCCCGUCUACACCCACACGCUGGCCUACAAGCUGCAGCUGGCCGUCCUGCAGGGCCUGGGAUCUCUCUGCCUGAGGCUGGACCUGGGUGAGGCUGACCUGGAUGCUGUCUUUGAUGCCUACCUUCCCUACCUGAGCUGUAGACAACCGAUUAGCCUUCAGGAGGCGUGUUUAAGCGUGUUCCGUCACCUGAUCCAGGUGGACCCGGACGCCUUCUGGCUGACGCUGAGCCAGCUGCACGCUGCCCUCCCCCACGCCCCGCCCCCUCCCCACCUCCAGCCCCUCCGACCGGGCGGGGCGGGGGCGGGGGCGGGCCCGUCCCGGGACCAGUACACACACAACCUGGACCAGCUGCUGAGGGACGCCUUCGAGGCCUCUGGCUCCCAGAGCCCCGGGUCUCUGGGAUGAUGGGCAGGUGGACGACCAAUCAGAUGAGGCCUGAUGUGGACACAUGCUGGGCUGUUCCGUCAGGUCGUCACGUGACCUACUGGUCAAACUGGUGCGGUGGAACUGCUGCUGUGGUUUUAAAGACACGCCAGUGACCUGCUGCUCUGAAGACACUUGCUCAAGGACACAACGUCAUUUAUCGCAAUGAAGAGCAAAAUAUGAAUUUUAAAUGAGUAUCUGACCUCACUUGUGAUGAGAUACCUGGAUAUCAAUGAUGUGUUACCAUGUCUAUACUCUGUGAUAUCCUAAUUUACUGAGGAACUAGCUCAAUAGAUUAACUUGUUCCUCUGUUUGAGGAGAACAAACACGGGACAUUAAAACAUUCGAUCUUAA